GCCGGUUCUGAGACGGCCAAUUAUGAGCCGUGGUGGUGAUGUCACGCCCCCUUCCCGCAACUCUGCGUCCUAAAGGGGCAAAGAAAGGGCGUCCGGUCGUCCAGUUAGGUGGGCACAGACCCCCAGCUGUUGGACUGGACAGUACCUCGGAGCGUUCGUCAGUGGAAGGGACCGACGUUCCGCCGUCUCACGCCUCCGCUCCGCUGCAUCCCCGCGGUGGGCCCCCGCAGGCCUGUGCGGCCCCUUUAAGAGCCUCCGGGUCUGACGCCUGAGGUCGCGGCGUCCCUUCAGCACCGCGGGCCGGCCCUCCCUCCGCGCCCCGCCACCAUCCGCGGCCAUGCAGUUGCUUCGGGCUGGCUUGACUCUGGCCCUGGGCGCAGGGCUGGGUGCAGCUGCCGAGGGCUGGCGGCGGCAGUGGGCGGACGCGCGAGCGACACCGGGGCUGCUGAGCCGGCUGCCGGUGCUGCCAGUGGCGGCGGCGGCGGGUCUUCCCGCGGUGCCCGGGGCUCCCGCGGGUGGCGGCCCGGGCGAGUUGGCAAAGUACGGGCUGCCCGGGGUGGCGCAGCUCAAGAGCCGCGCAUCGUACGUGCUGUGUUACGACCCGCGCACCCGCGGUGCGCUCUGGGUGGUCGAGCAGCUGCGGCCCGAGGGGCUCCGCGGCGACGGCGACCGCCGCUCCUGCGACUUCCACGAGGACGACUCGGUGCACGCGUACCACCGCGCCACCAACGCCGACUACCGCGGCAGCGGCUUCGAUCGCGGCCACCUCGCCGCCGCCGCCAACCACCGCUGGAGCCAGAAGGCAAUGGACGACACCUUCUACCUCAGCAACGUCGCUCCCCAGGUGCCCCACCUCAACCAGAACGCCUGGAACAACCUGGAAAAGUACAGCCGCAGCCUGACCCGCACCUACCAAAAUGUCUACGUCUGCACGGGGCCACUCUUCCUGCCCAGGACAGAGGCUGAUGGGAAGUCCUACGUGAAGUACCAAGUCAUUGGCAAGAACCACGUGGCGGUGCCCACCCACUUCUUCAAGGUUCUGAUCCUGGAGGCCGCAGGCGGGCAGAUCGAACUCCGCUCCUAUGUGAUGCCCAAUGCACCGGUGGAUGAGGCGAUCCCGCUGGAGCGCUUCCUGGUGCCCAUCGAGAGCAUUGAGCGGGCCUCGGGACUGCUGUUUGUGCCAAACAUCCUGGCACGGGCGGGCAGCCUGAAGGCCAUCACUGCGGGCAGCAAGUAAGGGCAGCCCCAGCUGGACUGUGGGCUUGGGGGACUGAAUCAACUUAAAAGUGUUUAUUUUUGGAA